CUCAGAAUUAAGAACAGUGAAUGAUUAUUUCUUCGUAAGAGUCUAUAAAUUCCUAAGAAUAUGUGCUACAGCUUCAGUGUGCACACCCUCUAAGCUCUUGUUCUUUUGCAUAGCCUUGUAGUCAUUAGGAACAUGUCCAUGAACCCAAUGUCACAGCAACAGCAGCAGCAGCAGCAGCAGCAUCACCAUGGAACAUGGCCUCGGGAGCCAGCCAUGCACCUCUACCACCACCCCUGCCAACUGGAGCAGAGAGAAGGCCACCAUGAGAGGGAGCAGAUGUUUGAGAAGUGUCUCACUCCCAGUGACGUGGGGAAGCUCAACAGGCUGGUGAUACCCAAACAGCACGCCGAGAAGUACUUCCCCCUCGACGGCAACUCGGGCGAGAAAGACCUGGCGCUGAGCUUCGAGGACGAGACCGGCAAGCCGUGGCGGUUUCGCUACUCCUACUGGAGCAGCAGCCAGAGCUACGUGCUGACCAAAGGCUGGAGCCGCUUCGUCAAGGAGAAGAAGCUCGACGCAGGCGACGUCGUCCUCUUCCAGCGUCCACGAGGCGGCGGCGACCGCCUCUACAUCGGGUGCAGGCGCCAAGGUGCAAACGAGACCCCGUCACCGGCUCGCACCGCCACCGGGCUCAACGAGAAAGCGCCGUGGAGCCGAGUGCACCGCACGGCCGCAGGGCCUCAUCCAGUGAGCCCGAGCGGCGCCUGCUCACGUCAGGCUCCGGUGCAACAGGACGGCCUUCGUCAUGCAGGAGAGACGAGGCAAGCCGCAGCGGAGAACACAGCAGUAGCACCUGGGGGCAAAGCAAAGCGACUGAGAUUAUUCGGCGUGAACUUGGAGUGCGGCCCGGCCUCCGACCGCCGGCCUUUGCAUUCCGCCUCAUGGUUAUGAGGCUCGCGGCAGUGCUUGCCAACCGGCCAAUGCCUCCUCCAUCCAUCCACGAUGUGUUAGUAGUGGAGGCUAAGCUGUUAGAACUGUUUUGGGAAGAUAGAAUUAGCUGCAUGCUACCUGUGCCUCU